GGGGGAAUCUGUAAUCGUCUCUUAUUGAUCACUGUUGUAUUAAUAAAUCAUUCAGACCAUUUUUAUGUUAAAAUAUUAAAAGUCCGUUCAAUGAUAUUUUUCACGAAUGAGGUAUUUACUUCACUGAAGAGAGAAUAGUGCAUGUGCAGCAUGAGAUGCUGCACGGCCGGGAUGACAGCUACAGUAUGAGUCAUCCGUGGUCGAGUCAUACGCAUCGUCCUGCGGUGCAGGUCUUUCUCUGCCCUGCCGAACCAACUCCCAUGAACCGAGAACACUGCAAGGUGAAACCAUGUCGUUUGCUGUAAUAGACACUCAACCCAAGCGAAAUACCGCUCCACUGGACCAUGGUGGGAGACCCAUGGAAGAAAUCGCCGACGAAUAUUUCUCGGCCAUCAACCCUAUCGGAAGAAAAAUCAUCACCGAAAAACGGAAAUGUAUGGACUCGCAUCGAAGGGAUUGGGAGCGCUUGACUCAAAAAGAAAAAGACUCAAUCUUAGAUGAAUGGUUCAUCGACCCCAAAAUUCAGCUAAGAUACGAGUUGAAAUUAGGGAAAAAGUCAAGUGAAGGUGUUCCAGAAUGUUUUCCUCGUCUAAAAGUGGAUGGUGGGGGAAAGAUCGUUCAUUAUUCAGAACAAGAAGAUGGUUCUCAAAGUACACAAAGCAAGGAGACGGUUACAUGGAAGGAUGAGUUUUCUGGGCCUUUUUGCUGGGAGACAAAGUGCCAACAAGAACUGACCAUCUUGACUCCAGAGACCAUCUCCGCCGCCUCGGUACCUUCACCGUCCAUCUCCCAUGACCUCAUCAAAGUCAGUGAUCCGGAGGUUGAGACUGAUGCUGAGUGGUUCGCCAAGAGCAACAAGGACAAAAGCAAGCUGUCCGUCAUGCUGAUGCGUGACGUCAGCAACCGCAGCAGCCUGGGCAACAACCUGCUGGCAUCCAGUUCAGAAAGACUCGCUUUCGAUCAGGCUGUCAAUGCGGCCUUGGCGAGUAAGCCCAAGCCCAAGGAGAAGCCUGCCACCAAUGGCCACAGCAAUGGCGAGAGGAAAUCCAGCCAGGGGUCUCUGGAUGGCAGGAAAAGGAAUGCCACGCCGGAGCCCUCUGAGAAGAACAAAGCUGCACCGCCGAUAUCCUUGAGGCAAAAGAGCGGUUCCAAGAGCUCAUUGAAUAAGGAGCUCGACAGAAAGAUGGGAAGCGGAGGCAAGGGGAAGGACAAGACUAGCUACCCUUCAUCUCCGAGGAGGGACAGUGGCUCAAAGGGCAGUGAGCCAACCUCUCCAAGGAGAGACUCAGGAUCCAAGGGCAUUGGGAUGGGCUCUCCCAGGAGGGACAGCGGCUCCAAGAAGACUGAGAAGAAGCAACUGCUUCCUCCCGGCUUCCUGACGGAGUUGGAGCAGGAACUGAAGGUGCAGGAUAAUGUGAACUUUAACCUUGGUGUUCAGCAGGAGAAGGGACAGGGCGAUGCAGUGGCUGGAGAAUCUCCAAAAAUCAAGGAGGGCUCUAGCUACGAGUUUCUCUUUGAUUGGUAAAAUACCUACAUACACGUAGGUAGCACUCUGUGUAUGUAACUAGGCAUGCCCCUUGUUUGCCAGGUGUAUAUACAUGUAUGUUGAAAAUCAAGUUCUGUGAAUGCAUGUUAAGGUUCAAAGGAAGACAGAAUUGGUGCAUUUUGAUCCAUAAAAGGUGGGACAUCUUUGUUUUUCAAACUCAGCAGACAGUCAUAUUUGGCAGUCCUUCCAUUGCACACAUCCCGAAUAUUUUCACAUUUGCAUGCAAAUGGUGUGCUGAAAUGAGAAAGGUAUACUACUUGAAUUAUGUGCCAUAUCAAAAUUUCCAUUUUCCAACCUUUCAUGUUUUCCUAUUUAUAUUUUUGUCAGUUUUGUUUUUCAGUUGUCUGAUGGUUUUACCUAGGUUUUAAGGCUGUCAAAAAUAACUGCCCCCUGUGCUAACUAAGUUGUAGUAUACCAAACGUUUAGAAUAUCACCUAAAGAGGGCGCUGCAUCCCAAACAAGCAUCACAGAAAGAUUUUAACUUUGAUUUUAAUGUUUCAUUGACAAAGCUAGAGUUCUUAUGGAAGGGAAAGAAAAUAAUAUUUUAUCGUUUUAAAUUCUGCCACCUCUCAAUGUUGCAGUUUUAACAAUCCCAGAACUGGAGAGAUUUUUAUGUGGGGGUUCUCCCUAUGGAUGCUGACCGUCAAAACUUGUUUUAGCAUGUUUUUGGGGGGGAUGGCUGUACUUGGCUGUGGCUUAGAAUUACAUGUGAGUCUGUGAUAGUGGGUGCAGUUACUUCCAGUAGAGUUAUUACUUUUUAUAGUGUUCAUUGGUUUAUUAUUUAUUUGAAAAAAAAGACACAUGGUAGCCUGAAGGCUGAAUUAUGGCCAUUUCAAAAUUGAAACAUAAACAAAACUAAAUGCAAAUACCUAAAGUAAUUCUAAAACCUAAAAUAGAUAGUCCUAUUUGAAAAUGAAAUCAGUCAAAGUGAACAAGCACAGAGUUGAGGGGUAAGUAUAAACGUACAGGGGAAAAAGGAAUCUUUAAGGAAGAAUGUUUGCCCGUGAGGGCACUGUAGAUUUGUUAGAUCUUUCAGUUCUACACUUGGGGAUGACCAAAGGGGACACAUUACUAGACCGCAAAUUUCUUCCAUUGGUUUUUCGGGGGGGAGAUGUCGGAAUCUAUUUGACAACAUAAGGUUUUCCUAAAUUUGUACAAAAGGUUCUGGCAUAUAGAUUCAAGUGACUUAAGCUCAAUUUAUCAGUGGCGUCAUGAUAAUUUACAUAUUCAAUCCCAGAGUAAUACGACAAGCUCUCUUCUGUACCUGUUCUAUUUCAUUACUUUGCUGAGUAGUUCUUGAAGAAGGCCACACUUGGCGUGCAUAUUCUAAAAUGGGUCGUAUGUAACAUUUAAGAACAGCCACCAUAUUGGAUGGAGAAAUCUGUGUCCUUUAAAGAAUACAAGGAGUAUAUAACCUGCAGGAUACUCUAGAAAUUAUAUUGUUAACAUGCACAGACCAUUUCAGAUCACUCUGUACUGUACCUCCGAGUAUUUCAUGUGGGAAACAAAGUUUAGACCUAUAGAUUCCAGCAAAAAUAAUGGCAUGCAAACUUCUCUUUUUAAAAAACUAAUUGUCAUUUUUGGCAUUUAGAGGUUUGGGUAACACAUACAUGUACAUGUAGUUCUGCCGACACCAAACCGAAAGAUUAUCAAGAUGUACUUGAAAGGUACAUGUAGAUGUUUUUCCAAAUUUGAGUUGUGUGUAAUGUCAAGCCACAGUCAGUCAUUUGAACAUACAUACCCCACACAAACAUGUACUGACAAAUCCAAGCAUGUACGUGAACAUAGUGGGGGGGGGAAUUGUCUCAUAAUGUACAGCACCAUUGUGCCAACUGUUAUAUAAACUGAUUGGACCAUGACAGGUUUCUUUUUAUACAGAAACUGUAAAAGUUCCCCUACAGUGAUCAAGUGUCUCGACCAACCUAAAUUUGGCAACCAGACUUGGAUGUUAAACGCAGGUGGGGUCAUGGCCCAGAAAAUUCACUUCAUGUAGAUGUGGUUUAAUGUCCAUACGGGUACCCUAAUUAUUGCUUAAAAACAUUGAUAAACCAAAUUCCACUUGUUGUGACCAGCUGGACUGUACAGUAUUUCCAAAAUUGGACACUGCUACAACUAAAUGCAGACCUUUAGCAGUGGUAUAAAUCAGAAACAUACAUGUAAUGUACAUGUGCUAUUGGAUAUGAAUGGAAGGAAGUUUCAGUAGUACUACAUUCAGUUUAGUCAGGACGGUGAUAUUUUAAGUCUCGUGAGUUUGUGUAAUAUCAUUUCUUCAAACUCCAUUGCAAGUUUUUAGUUGUAGUUCUUCUUUAGGCAUUCUGAAUUUCAAACCUGCAGCCUAUUUUUUCCUUUUUUAAAAGGAUAUCAUGAGACUCACUCAAAAUAUAAAACUAAUAUGUAAUGCUGCACCAAAAUAUUAAACUCACCUGCACCUGAAAUAUCAACACAAGGGAUUUGAUUACAGAAAGAUUAAAUGUGUAAAAAUUGCACUGUGUAAGAUCUUCACAUGAUAAGCUGUUGAGGUAGUUCAAAUUGUUUGGAAUUUUGAGCUGGGCAUUAAAAUGUUUGAUUGCCACAUGUUUUUCAUAUGCUGAUCGCAUAUCGGUUUAUGUAUGAAGGUCUUAAACUUUUGUUUAGGUCUUUAAAGUUAGGGAAAUUCAUUAAACAAGGUCUUUUUAAAUUCAGAUUUCUGUCUAACAUUUUCUAACAAUGCUUUAUUUUACAGUUUAUCCAUGAAUUGAUAUUUUGUUGAUGCAUAUAUCCGUCUCGACUUGAGAAAGUUAAUUUUACCUGUAAAACUCUGUGAAACUGUAUACAUCUUGGAAGACCUAUAUAUUUAUUUUAGAAGUGGCAGUAUUCUCCGUUAUAGUUACACAUGUUAAUAAUUAAGGAUUCUUGAUCGUAGUACACCGAUAAUUUUGUUGUAUUUUCACUGAAAGUCCAUUAAUAUUUUUUAUCACUUUCAAUUAAAAAUAUUUUCAUUUGAUGAAACAGCUGCCAUGUUUUGUACUCUCAACAUUUCAAUCUAAGGUUAAAUUUUUAUCUCUCUGUUAUAUUUGGUUUGGUAUCAAAAUACAUGUACAUGUAGUUGUAUGGACAAGUUUUCAGUUGCAAUGUUUUAUAAGUUGAAACUGGAAAUGAUCCUUAAUCAUAUCAUUAAACUUCAAUUUUGGCAUUAAUAUGUAAUCAGAGUGAAAUCGGCAAAAUGGUACAAAAACAUUGCAUCAUUUGCCUGUGGUAAUGUGGAGAGUUAUGUAUCCUGAAUAUUAGUGAGAUGUGAAUGCAUUAAUGGAACCCCUUUCAAGUGUUUUGUGCUAGCAUCUUCCGGAGAAUAGGAGGACAAAGGCCUUUUAUGUUAACUGCAAGCUCAGUUUAAUGCCAUAACCUUGUGGAAAACUGUUAUGCAGAUCUAUACAUGGGGCUGUGAGUUUGCUUUUCUAUGGAGUGAUUGAGUGAGAGCAAAAUAUUGAGUUUUCAUGAAUGGACUCAGAUAGUGUGUUGGGCAAAGUCUGAGCUACAGUGGUGUCUUUUAUUUCGAAGUAUUAGACCCAGAUUAUUUUUGAAAUGGGGCACUAUGCUGUCAAGCUGUUCAACAGUGAAAUAUAAGGUUUGGGUUCAUCAGGUGCAUGUUUUGUGCAUAGACAAUUAUGUGUACUCACACAGUCUAAACAUGUCUACACUAGACCCUAGCCUGCACUCCAUUAGUUUACUGACUAAGCAAACACUGUCUACUGGUCUGGGUGUGUUGGUGUACUCAUUGCAGUCAACAUAGUCGCCUGGUACAAUAAAGUUGAACCAACCCUUGAAAUCCCGGUGGCCUUUGUGACCCUUAGUAAUAGUAUGAACACUGUGAAAUACCUGGUUUGUUAGUUGGUUCUUGCAAAGGUUGGUUCAAAAGGAAAUAAACAGUAAGGGCGGAUGAAUGUUGUAUUCAAUGUUGAACUAAUGAUUUACAACAGAAAGAGGAUUACACCUUUAGGGCUGAUUUGGGGAGAAAGACAUGCCGUUUUGGCAAGCACUGUCAAAAUUGCCCCAUAUAGCAUGACAUUGGCAGAUGGUAGCACUGAUCUGAUGGCUCCCUGGGCUUCAGUCAUCCUUCUGUGAACAUUCUUAAAAUGUUUCCCCUGGGGCUGUCCUGGGUCUGAGUGAUGUAGGCCAAGUGUGACACAGGCAUGUGUAACACAUUUUAUUUUUAAGUUGAGGUUUAUGGCAUUACCGUGUUCACAUCUGGAUUUCCUUUUUUUCUCUCUUUUUCUGUUUUUUAUGUGCUAACCGAGCAUGUCAUGGGAUUUCUUUCACUAAUCUUCAUUCGAGUGCCCUAGAUUUUCCCACUUACAAUUUUUUUCUUUCUUACUUUGCGUGAAGAGUAGAUAAAAAUUCAGGAAAUAAGAACAUUUUUUGGAAAAAAAAAAAAGGAUUCGGAACUUUAAGUGGGGGGGAGGGUUGUUGGAAAUGUGUUUAUUGCUUAUCUCUUAGUCACCUCUGAAAAUUCACUGGAUUAGAGAUAAUUUCUUAGGAUCAUUCAUGCAUUGGACAGGUAGUGGCACUGAGCUGGAAGCAGUAGGUAUGUUGUGUAUGGAUGUUGUAAGCAAUUUGUACAGUGCGUGGCUCCAAGCCAGUGAAUGGUAGAGGUUUUAAUAAGAAAGUGCAUGGUGCAUUUUCUAGCACAUACAAAUAGUUAAUGUAAAAGUCUGUGUAAACUUGUUGAAUGAGCCACUUACUAUACGGUCUGUCUUUUAUGCCUGCAUGUGGUUGGUAAACCUGUGGCUGGCAAUCAGUUCAAAUCAAAAUAUGGGGAAAGGUACAUUUUGAGGUAAGAUCUGGCACCAACCAAAGGGUGAUAUUUCUGCAAACUUUGGGCACCCGUAGGAAGAGUGGGCAAAAAUGAAAAUUUCAGAAAAUGACCCAAUCACCAACUUGUCUUACAGUCUCUGUGGUGUUUUGUUCAGCUUACCAGUGGAAAAGUAGAUCUCAAAGUAAUUAUUGCAAAGCAGUGUGACGUCCAUAAGGUUUGUUACCUCUGUUGCACAAGAACCUGAAAUUUAAUUGCAUGUACAUGUAUCGUAAACACAGACGGCAGUGUAAUAAAAUUGGAAGAAUGAAUAUGGAAAAUGA